AUGAAACUGACCGUGGGGAUAAUGGCUUUGGUUCUACUGGGAUUUCAAUGUAUUGUGGAUAACAAAAUUGUCAUCUCCUUUCUGGUCUUUAUUCUCGUUCUAUUUAUUGGUGGAUUUUCAUUGCUAAAGAUUGUACAAUUGAAUACCGAAUACGAUCACGACUUGCUGGCCAAAAUGAGAAAUAGCAGUCUUAACAAGGAGGAGAUUGAAAGUAUCUCGGAUGCGGCAGUACUUAAAGCUCGAAUUGCAAUCAUAGAUGGAACGUUGGUAGUCGUGAUAUUAAUUGUGAUUUUGUUUGCUGUUCUUCUAUUUAUUCUUGACAAAUGGUUUAAAGACGUUGAUUUAAAAGUUAUGCAAACGACUGAUCCUAUUGUGACAAAUCAACGUUCUCAAAAUAAUAGUUCCCAACAAAACAAUGACAGGAAUGAAGGAGAUGGAGGUAUUCAAGGAGUCCAUUUUGAUAAAUCCAUUCAACAGGAGACGGUUCAGACUGAAGAUAAGACGGAUUAA